CCAGGUGUGUGUAUGUGUGUGUGUGUACGCGGACAGGUGCAGUGAAAGGCGUCCUCUCACUGGCUUGUUUUGAACAGAUUUGAAAAAAGUGGUUCGUCUGGUUUGAUUCGAUCUUCACCCGACGUGGACGGUUGUCAGGUCUACCCGGGUCUAGUCCGUGUCUGGUUGGUACAUCGAUCGCGAAUCUAAAGUCCGACAAAAUGAGUAAAAUGUCGAGGAUGUUCAAAGGGAGCUCUGGCUCUUCGAGUUCCUCGUCCAGUUCCUCCAAGUCCAGGUCGAAGUCGCGGUCGGGCGCCUCUCCACAGGAGGCCAUCCACCGGCUCCGGGAGACCGAGGAAAUGCUGACCAAGAAGCAGGAGUACCUGGAGCAGAAGAUAGAGCAGGAGAUAGCUACCGCCAAGAAAUACGGCACCAAAAACAAGCGAGGCGCCCUCCAGGCCCUGAAGAGGAAGAAGCGCCACGAGCAGCAGCUGACCCAGAUCGACGGGACCCUGUCCACCAUCGAGUUCCAGCGGGAGGCGCUGGAGAACGCCAGCACCAACACGGAGGUCCUGAAGAACAUGAGCUACGCCGCCAAGGCCAUCAAGGGGGUCCACCAGAACAUGGACGUAGAUAAGAUAGACUCUCUGAUGCAGGACAUCACAGAGCAACAGGAAGUGGCCCAGGAGAUUUGCGACGCUAUUGCCCGACCGUUCGGUGACACGUUUGACGAGGACGAGCUCCUAGCAGAGCUGGAGCAGCUGGAGCAGGAGGAAGAGGAGGAGAGGAUGAAGGAGAUGGCCCGUCUCCCCAGGGCACCCUCCUCUAAGGUCCCCAGCUCCAGGGUACCUUCCGGGGCCCCCAGCUCCAGGGUACCUUCCGGGGCCCCCAGCCACAGAACCCAGUCCAAGAAGAGGGUGGAGGAUGAUACCGACAUGAAGAAACUGGCUUCGUGGGCUACAUAAGACACACGCACGCACACACGCACGCACACACACUAAUGAAGUCUUUUUGUAUUAUGCAGUAGUGUUGCCAGGGAGUAGGAAGUGCUUUGAUUACAUUCUAAUGAAGGAAUAACCUGUAUUUUUAUGAUAUAUGUCCUCAACAUUGAUUAUUUUUUGGUGAUUUUACAUUGUGAACAUGAAACCAGACUGCUGUAAAUACGUAUGAAAAAUUGCAUUCAAAUCAAUCAAUAUAUGAAUAGGACUAGAAAGGAUUAAUUGAAGGAAUAAAUAAACUUAACAUUUUGCGAAAAAGUUGGACGGCGACGCUUUGGGAAAUGAAUCAUGUUAAUGUUUAACCUGUGUAAAUUAUAUUCAUCUAAUAAAAGCUGCUCGCAUAAAAGGCUGCGACGAGCCC